GCACGUAAGUACACGGACCCUCUAUGAAUUGGAUUGAUGCCAUCUGCCGAAGAUAGACGACUCAGAUCCAACCUAGGCAGAACCACCCCACUUUGCGCAUUAUAAAGGACACAGCUUCAUCCCCCCACAUUGCGGCACGCCGCGAUUUCCAGCAUUUGAUACAGAAGUCAGCUCAUAUCGGUUCUCGACCACCCAGCAAACCCGAAACUCUUCCCAGAAACAUAAGCUUUCGAGCUGCACACAUCAGAAUAUGACGGUCAAGGGUCGCUUCGCUCUGUCGAGGGCGUCGGUGAGCGAUCUUCCCGAGAUAUCGCGACUGCAGUACAAAUGCUUUCCCCAGUUCAUCCGGGAGAUCUUCAUGGGAUGCAAGACCGAGGCCGACCUUCCCCGCAUUAUAAACAAAUACACCGCCAUCAUGAGCGAAGACCUGCAUGACAUCUGGAUCAAGGUCGUCGACACAAAAACGGGCAAGAUCGCCGCUGCCAGCAAUUGGAAAAUCCACCCAAACGGCGCGUCCGCAUCGUCCGACGACCAGCCGGCCGAAUGGCUGGAAGGCGAGGAGCUGGAGAAGUCCAGGAAGACCCUGGAGUCCCUCAACGAGGCGCGGAGGAAAGCAAACCCGGGAGGUUAUGUCCACCUCCACAUAUGUUUCACGGAUCCGGACUACCGUCGCCAGGGCGCGGGAGGCAUGAUGAUGCAGUGGGGCUGCGAUGUGGCCGACCAGCUGUUCCUCCCCGGCUGGAUCGAGGCCUCGCCCGAAGGGAAUCACCUGUAUAAGCUCCAUGGCUUCUACGACUUUGGUAGCGCUGCGGGGGGGCUUUCGGGGACAAACAUGAAGAGGGACGCGAGGAAGACUGUUAUACAAGGGGGCAAGCCUUGACCCACCCAGCUGCCGGAUAUUGAACGUGUUUUUAUAUAGUAUUUGCUCGCGGCCUACCUUAUGUACAAGAACCAUGCGGAGUUCUCCAGACCUCGGACCACUCACUG